CCAGCGGAAAGUGACAACAUAAAGAGACUGCAGACUCUUCGUCAAGCAUGUAGACAGCAGAGCGAUAAGCGAACGGAAUUAAAUUAUUUAAAGCAUUUGAUUGUUAACGAGAAAUACAAAAUGGUGUUCUGCUAUAUUCCUAAAAUCUCUUGUUCGCAAUGGAAAACUCUUUUUAUCACGCUGACUGGAAAGGUCAACGCCAGUUUAUUAAAUUUUGGCAAUGUCCAUACAAGAUAUAGAUCAAAAAUGACAUAUCUCGGUGAAUAUUCAAUUGAAAAGCGGCAUAGCAUUCUUCAGAAAUAUAAAAAAUACAUAGUUGUACGUAACCCAUUUGAAAGACUUCUUUCUGCAUUCAGAAAUAAAUUUGCAAAUAAAGUAAAUUAUUAUGAACCAAUAGCUAAAAAGAUUAUAAAACAGUACAGAUCAAAUGCGACAAAGGAAUCAGAUGACGUCACAUUUUUUGAAUUUGUUCAGUAUAUCACUGAUGGUAAAACGAGAUAUUACGACCCUCACUGGAAUAGAUACACGACACUCUGUCGUCCCUGUUUUGUUAAAUAUGACUUUGUUGGGAAAUACGAGACUAUAGCGAGAGAUGCUGAAUUUAUUUUGAGGGACUUUGGAGCACCCCCUGAAAUAAAAUUUCCGAAAAGAUCUGAAAAAUACCAAUCUGUGGAAACAAUCAAAACAUUCAACAAGUAUUAUUCACAGAUCCCUGCUGAGUAUAUAGCAAAAUUAUGGAAUAUAUAUAGGUUAGAUUUUGAAGCAUUUGGUUACUCAGUAUCAGACAACCUCAAUACCACAAAUAUGACCAAUUUUUCCUGCUGGAACGUUUUUACCCAUACCAGGUGUUUGGUGACCUCUUUCGAGAAAUCACGGAGGGCGAGCACCCGCAAGCGACCUGGCUGGUCAAAUAGUGGAGAAGAGGAGGAAGACGCUCUUUGCCUCUCCUUGAAACCCAACGCAGAGGAGCCGCUACUACAGCCAUUUCUCCGACCCAAAAGCUGA